AUGGCCACCGGUCCUGUUGAGGAGCGCAAUCAGGAUGCCACAAUUUAUGUGGGUGGUUUGGACGAGAAAACAACAGAAGCCAUCCUGUGGGAGCUUUUUCUUCAGGCUGGACCAGUAGUUAAUGUGCACAUGCCGAAGGAUCGCAUCACAUCACAGCACCAAGGUUACGGUUUCGUGGAGUUUCUUUCGGAAGAGGACGCAGAUUAUGCGAUGCGGAUAAUGAACAUGAUCAAGUUGUACAAUAAGCCUAUUCGCGUGAACAAGGCAAGUGCCCACCAAAAGAAUCUCGAUAUCGGCGCAAACAUCUUCAUUGGCAACCUGGACCCGGAGGUGGAUGAAAAGUUGCUGUACGACACCUUCAGUGCUUUCGGCGUGAUCCUUCAAACACCAAAGAUCAUGCGUGACCCGGAGACGGGAAACUCAAAGGGCUACGCCUUCAUCAACUACGCCAGUUUUGAGGCAAGCGAUGCGGCGAUUGAGGCGAUGAAUGGGCAGUACCUGUGCAACCGGGCCAUAACGAUAUCCUAUGCGUUUAAGAAAGACAGCAAAGGUGAACGGCACGGGUCGGCAGCGGAGCGUCUUCUUGCUGCUCAGAGUCCGCUUUCCCAGGCCGACCGACCACACCAGCUGUUUGCGGACGCUCCACUUCCUCCUCCGCCCCCACCGCCUCCAUCGCUUCUUGCAGCAGCGACGGCGGGCAUUUCAGGUGCCGUGCACCAUCCAGCAGCCUUCUCGACACUGGGUGCAGCAGGCCCUGGUGGCAUGUUAAUGCCACCGCCACCACCCCCUCCUCCAACGAUAGCGUUGGCACCUCCACCGCCGCCCCCAAUGCUGGGCGCAGCGGGCGGAGCUGGCAGCGGUCUGAUGCCACCGCCUCCGCCGCCAGCUCUGUUUGGCGGGGACUCGGGCUUCCACCCUCCGCCGCCUCCGCCUCCUCCUCAGUUAUCCGGUGGUGUACAGGCGUGGGGAGUGCCAGGGGCUGGUAUCCCUCCUCCCCCACCUCCUCCACCAAUUAUGUAA